AUGAUGAUGAGCGUAUAUGCUUCCGUGAUAAUCCGUGAGGGAAAGACAACCAAUAAAGAUACAAUCAAAACCCCAAUCGUUGAGUGUGCCUAUAGAAACCUGAGAUGGGACCAUGAAGUUAAAUUUUCGCUCGAUGCGAAGUUAGUCCGAGAGUUUAUUGCCUCAAAUCCACUUCCACCGUUAACAAACGGUAACGGCGAUAAAAUGAAGUUGGUGAUUCGUCCGGUGAAAGUCACAGGAGGAACGGAAGCAAAGCUAAGCUUCUCGUACCGGUUUAAACCGGCGUUGGCUGAUAAUUUGUAUCCUUCUCUAUCGUCGUCGUUCCGUUAUCCAACAGUGCAUUCAGGAAGAUUAUGCGAGAACGUCGUAAAUCCGCCUCAGUUUCAAACCCCCAUGAGGAAACUAGCCCUCGAACUAGUGAUCAAAACGGCCAAGGACAUAAAAGAUGUCGGUUGGAUGCAGGGCCGUGCUUAG